GUCUUGUGACAUGAGGAAGGACGCGGAAUUCGAGCGUGUUCUUAGUUAUUUUGAUGAAGAUGGUGAUGGCAAGAUUUCGCCGUGUGAGCUAAGGAACCGACUAGGCAUGAUGGGUGGGGAGCUUCUGUUGAAAGAAGCAGAGAUGGCUAUUGAGGAAUUGGAUUCGGAUGGUGAUGGGUUGUUGAGUUUGGAGGAUUUGAUGAAGCUGAUGGAAGCAGGUGGAGAGGAAGAGAAGUUGAAGGACUUGAGGGAAGCUUUUGAGUUGUAUGAUACUGAACGGUGUGGGUUCAUAACUCCCAAGAGCUUGAAGAGGAUGUUGAAGAAGUUGGGGGAAUCAAAGUCCAUUGAGGAAUGCAAAGUUAUGAUCAAUCGGUUUGAUUUGAACGGGGAUGGCAUGCUUUGCUUUGAAGAGUUUAAAAUUAUGAUGCAGUGA